UUGAAGCGCGCGCAGGCGCGAGUGGCGGCGGAGCGGCGGCAUCCUAGGUGGCUGCGCGUUCUGGGGGCUUCAGAGGAAGUGUAAUGUCUCAGGAAGGCAAUUAUGGGAGGUGGACGAUAUCCAGUAGUGAUGAAAGUGAGGAGGAAAAGCCAAGACCGGACGAGCCAUCUACCUCUUUUCUCCCGCAUGCUGAGCAGGGAGCAGCCAGUGAGCCAAAGUACACCUGUUCCGAGGCUCGGAAAGCUGCCCACAGGAGGAAGAUCGCACCCGUGAAAUUCAGCAGCACAGAUUCCGUUUCAGAAGCUUCACCUCCCAAAAGGCAGAAGGGCGGUUCCCAGGAAGACCUGGGCUGGUGUCUCUCCAGCAGUGAGGAUGAGCUGCCACCAGAGACGCAGCAGAAGCAGGCUGAGGACACGGGGGUCAAAGAGGAGAAAGGCCUCCCUUCUCCCAGAGAUGGUGCUGUCCCGGGAGCUGAGCAUCACAGCCCCUCAGCCGGCCACGGGCUUGAAACGUCAGGGGAAGGCCAGGACAUCUGGGACAUGCUGGGUAAAGGGAACCCCUUCCAAUUUUACCUCACUAGAGUCUCCGGAAUUAAGCCAAAGUAUAACUCGGGAGCCCUCCACAUCAGGGAUAUUUUAUCUCCUCUAUUUGGGACACUUGUUUCUUCAGCUCAGUUUAACUACUGCUUUGAUGUGGACUGGCUCAUAAAACAGUAUCCACCAGAGUUCAGGAAGAAACCAAUCCUGCUCGUGCAUGGCGACAAACGCGAAGCAAAGGCUCACCUACAUGCCCAGGCAAAGCCUUAUGAAAACAUUGCCCUCUGCCAGGCAAAGUUGGAUAUUGCAUUUGGAACACACCACACGAAAAUGAUGCUACUGCUCUACGAAGAGGGCCUCCGGGUUGUCAUACACACCUCCAACCUCAUCCACGCCGACUGGCACCAGAAAACACAAGGAAUGUGGUUGAGCCCCUUGUACCCACGAAUAGUCCAUGGGACCCACAGAUCUGGAGAAUCAACCACACACUUUAAAGCUGACCUCAUCAGCUACCUGAUGGCUUAUAACACCUCUCUCCUCAAGGAGUGGAUAGAUACCAUCCAGGAGCACGACCUCUCAGAAACAAAUGUUUACCUUAUUGGCUCAACCCCGGGACGCUUUCAAGGAAAUCAAAAAGAUAAUUGGGGACAUUUUAGGCUUAGGAAGAUUCUGAAAGAGCACACCUCGUCCAUACCUAAAACAGAGUCCUGGCCUAUAGUAGGUCAGUUCUCAAGCGUUGGCUCCAUGGGGGCCGAUGAAUCAAAAUGGUUGUGUUCUGAGUUUAAAGAGAGCUUGGUGACACUGGGCAAAGAAAGCAGGGCCCUAGGAAGUACUGUUCCUCUUCAUCUGAUCUAUCCUUCAGUGGAAAACGUGCGGACCAGCUUAGAAGGAUAUCCAGCCGGGGGCUCUCUUCCCUAUAGCAUCCAGACGGCGGAGAAACAGAAUUGGCUCCAUUCCUAUUUUCACAAAUGGUCAGCUGACAUGUCAGGCCGCAGCAAUGCCAUGCCACAUAUUAAGACAUAUAUGAGACCCUCUCCAGACUUCAGUCAACUUGCAUGGUUCCUUGUCACAAGUGCCCUCCGGUGCCUGGCAUGGAGGGGCGCUCAGCACAGAUUUGUUAACGAGGAAUCGAACGAAGGCCAGGAUGGAGGCUGUACCAGUGAAAGCACUGCCUAGACUUUGUGCGUAAUUGACUGUGGGAGAUGCUUCAAAGGCAAGUCCUGGGCUUGGGGUGUGGCUGGUAGGGAGAUGGGGGAUGGUCACCAUCAUCAAUAGAGAAGUCAGGAAAUGAAACUGGUUUCAGUGGGAGAAUGGUCAACUCGAUUAGACUGAUUUAUUAUAGUGGGACGGUCAAGUGGAAUUGUCUAUUGGCGAUGUUGCACUCAGAAGUUCGGUGUACACAUGGUAUAUUUUGGAGUUCUCUUUGGAACUGAUCAUGGACACCCUGAGCCUUUGUGGAUGGUCAGGGAAGAGUGGAGCACGAGGUUGGUGCCUGGGAGGGGAGGAACAUACAGGGACUAAACAUCACAUUAACCCAGGGUUCCACUGCCACACAGGUGAAUUGGAUCCAAGCCUUCCCUCCUGAGUUAAAGAACAACUAACUGGUCACCAUCUUCCGUGAAAUAAUCUUCCUUCUACCUAAGAAAUGUUCUGUGUUGUAUUUGGGGCAUCAUAAAGUUUAACCAUUCAUUUCAACACGUAUUUAUUGAGCACCUGCUAUGUAGCAGGUACUUUGCCAGGUGCAGGGAGUGCAAUAAUAAAAUGUGAUCCUUGACUUUAUGAUGGUGAGAAUUACACAAAAACCAAGUUUAUAUGUAUCCAAAUGGUGAUAAUUGCUCUAGAGAAAAAUAAAGUAGAAGAAUAAUUGAGGUGCACAGUCCUUUACUCAAAGUCCUUGAGACAAGAUGUAUUUGGAGCAUGGAGACAUAGUAUGGUACAUAUACCAUCUAUUAACAUCCUUAGUGGUGUUACAAGUAGCCUCAUGUUAGCUUAGGUCAACUUCUGUCACCUAAUGAGUUAACAAAAUUCAGUUUUGCCAUUAAUAUGAUAAGUUAGGUAAUAGCUUAAUUUCCAAGUUGGUUUCGGUUGUUUUAGAUUUUCAGAGCUAACGUAGUGCUUACGCUAAGUUCCAGGCAUUCUUCUAAAAGCAUAGUCCAUACACACACAUACGCUCAUGUAAUCCUCAUAACAGCCCUACGACAGAGCUGUUAGUCCCCUUUACAGAUGGGAGAACUGGAGCACAGAGAGGGUCAACAAGCGCCCAGGAGCCCAGUAACAUCCUCAGGCACUAUGCGAUCCCUGUGUCAGGAAGGGAGGCUGCUCACGAAUAGGAUGGUCAGGGAACGCCUCACUGACGUGGUGACAUUUAAGCAGAGACCUGAAAGAAGCGAGGGAGCCGUGUGGGUGGAGAGCUGGGGGAAAGCGUUCUGGGCAGAGAGGCGGAGUUGGGGAUAUUCUGGUUUGUGAUGGAGAAACCAAGUGGGUAUUGCUGGAGUGAGUGGGAUUGGAGGGCCGGGGAGGUCAGAGCAGUAACUGGCACUUUGGUCAAGAUAAUCCUUCGUUGUGCAGGAUUGUCCUGUGCGUUAUGGGGUGUUUAGUAACCUGGGCCUCACAUACGAGCCACCAUGUCACCCUGAAAGCCAUCCAGAUGCCCCAUGCCUUUCUAAAUAUCCCCUAGAUUGUCUCUCCUGGUGGAUGGUAUUGUC